AUGCUUCUGGCAGUCAUAAUUCUGUCUGCACUCACUGAUGACAUUGCUUUGGAUGCCAAGGUGGUGGCCUUGAAGUUCAUCCCCAAGGUGGGGCAGUCUGAGAAGGAGCUGAAGAACCUGCAGCGGGAAAUUGAGAUAAUGAGAGGCCUCCAUCACCCCAACAUCGUCCACAUGCUCGACACCUAUGAGACUGACAAAGAGGUGGUGGUGGUGGCUGACUAUGCAGAAGGGGAGCUCUUCCAGAUCCUGGAGGAUGAUGGGAGUUUGCCUGAGGACCAGGUCCAGAUCAUAGCUGCCCAACUGGUCUCUGCUCUCUAUUACCUGCACUCCCACCGCAUCCUGCACCGUGACAUGAAGCCCCAGAACAUCCUGCUGGGCAAAGACGGCGUGGUCAAGCUCUGUGACUUCGGGUUUGCCCGGGCCAUGAGCAUCCACACCAUGGUGCUGACCUCCAUCAAGGGCACCCCACUGUACAUGUCUCCUGAGCUGGUGAGGGAGCAACCGUAUGACCACAAGGCAGACCUGUGGUCCAUGGGCUGCAUCCUGUAUGAGCUAUUUGUGGGCACCCCUCCCUUCUACAGCAGCAGCAUCUUCCAGCUCAUCAGACUCAUUGUCAGGGAACCCAUCAAAUGGCCCGAGGCCAUAAGCCCAGUCUUCAAGAGCUUCCUGCAGGGACUGCUAACGAAGGACCCCUGCCAGCGCCUGUCGUGGCCGGAGCUGCUCUCUCAUCCCUUCAUUGCUGGGCAGGUUACUGUGAUUGAUGACAUAGAAGAGCAUGGGAUCCCAAACCCCUUCACCACCAAGCUGUCCCCAGAGCUGGAGGCCCUGAAGGAUCAGCAAGCCCAGUCCAUGGCCCCCAGGAACGGUCAGUCCAAGAUUCUGAGAAAGGCCUGGCAGAAGAUGGUUGAAGAGACCCAGAAAAAGGAGCAACUGAAGGCAAGUGAUGCAUCUAUGAAGGACUCUGGCAAAAGAUGCCCAGGGCAUAGACCCAGUGCAGCUCCAGAGAAGGCAGCCACUGGAGAGGGGGAGCCACCAUCUGCCUCCAACAAGAAGAACCGGGGUGUCCUGCAAGGAAAGAGCAGCAUGGCAGAGUGGGAGCUGGAGGAGCCUCCUCCCAACCCAUGGGAGCACAGCAUCAGUCAAGACUAUGAGAGGGAGUUUCCUGGAGCUGGGGCCACUCUGCAGCCUGGUGUGGGCAGGGCAGAGAGCUUGGACAGGAGCAGCAUUGAGCCUGUGGACUUGGAAAGUGAGGGGCUGGAGAGCCAUGAGGAGUGGCAGCACCCGAGGGAGGCCGCUGAGCCCUCAGCCGUGCAGCUGGGCACACCACUGAGCCUCCUGAGGGACCCGGCCUUCCGGCACCAUGUCCAGGCCCACCUGGCAGACUCUACUCAGCAGGUCCUGGAAGGGAUGCUGGAGGGAGGCUCUUGUCUCCGUCUGGUGCUCCGUGUUGUGGACAACCUCCUAGCUACCCGAUGUGACUCUGAGCUGCAAGACCACUUCUGCCAAGACCUUAAUGUGCCUCUGUCUCCACUGUGUCUAGCUAAGCAGAUCCUGGAGAGUGGUAGCACCAAGCAGCAGCCCUGGUGUAUCAGAGUGCUGACAGACCUCCUUAUGGUGACCACAGUUUAUUUCAACAGUGAAUGUAGCCUGGAGGAGAGUGGGCAAAAGGACAGCCUGCAGGCCUUUCAGGACAGAGCUAGCUGCUUCCUAGCCCGGCUGCCGGGGCUGCUGGCCGAGCCAGCCAACAGCAAGAGGAGACUCUACCAGCAAAGCCUCCUGUGCUUCAGUCUGCUCUGUGAAAGCCUGGAUGUGAUAUGCCCUUCCAUCUCUGCCUCCUUCUAUGGCAGCCUGCGAGAGGAGCAUCAGCCACUUCUGACCAGACUCCUUCAGGAAUCCAUAUCUGAGCAGCCUGCUCUGCAAGGUGCAGUGAUGGAGGCCAACUCAUCCCAUGAGCAGAGCCCACAUGUGGCAGACAUCUUCAUGGCUGCAUUGGCUGCUGCCUGCAGCAUUCCCUUGGAGAGGAGUGGCUGUCGGGAAGCCAAGCAGCAGGUUGCUCAGGAGGUAGCUGAAACUCUUAUGGAGGGAGAGAGCCAGAAGCUUGGGAGACUGUUGGGGAGACUAGAGCACCCAAGCUGCUCCUUGAAUGUGCUGAAGAUCCUCUAUGCUGGCUGCCAUGCCAGCCUGAGCCUGUGCCAGCACCUGGGAAGGAGCCAACAACUGUGGGAUUCCCUCAUGCAGCUCCUGAAGGGCAAGGUCCCUAUGGCAGAGGUGGCCCAGGGGGCAGCCUGUGAGGCCUCUCUGUACCUACUGGCCCUGCUCACCCUGCAGCUCCAGGCCCCCCCUCCCAGGCUUGAGGAGGUGGUUACCCUGGCUGUGGAUCUCAUCACCCAGUCUCCUCUCAUCUCCCUUGUGGGUGCUGCAGCAUUCCUCCUGGCACAGCUCAAUCAGCACACGGUGGCCUUCGAGCUCACGGCAGAAGAGAUCCUACCAGUGGUGACAAAUACUCUGACAGCAUCUGCUGAGCUGCAGCUCCCCCCACCAAUGGGUGCUGGUCUCUACGAUGGGCUCUUUUUCCUUCUGCUGAAGCUCCUUGACCAGGAGCAUGUGAUCAUGGAGCAGGGCUUUGCCGCCUCGGAGCUGUGGAGUGUGAUGUGGCAUCGUGGUGCUGCAGUGCUUCGUGCAGGCAGCGACCAGGCAGCACUGGAGGGAGACCCCGUGCUGGCAGAGCCAGACUGGAACCUCCUCUCCCCUCGUGGCACCCUGUUCUUCCUCAGCCUGGCCCUCUUUGUCUUCACUCAUGAGUCCCACCGGUGCCUGCCUCAGCUUAUCCAGCCCCAAGGUGUCCUCAUGGUGACGCUGAAGAGGCUGCUGUCCCCUGGCUUCCUGGCAUGCCUGGCACAGACGCAAGCUGGAGAGGAUGGCGACCCUAAGCUCGUCCCAGCUGUGGUGAUCCAGACCUGCCAGCUCCUCUGUUCCCUUUUUGCCCUGGAUGUGGAUGGAGACACCUUAGCAUUGGUCAUGGAGGCUGUGAGAGGUGCCCAGAUCCCUUCCCAGCUGCUACAGGUCUGCUCUUGCUAUCUGCCCCUCUCGUGCACCGAGGUCCCCAUGAGCCUCUUGUACCGCUUUGUUGUGUCUGAUGAGCAGGUCAUAGACCAAAUGGCCAGGGAAGCUGCUGCCUCAGAGCACAUCAUUGCCUUCUUGACGUCUGCCUUGUUUUCAGACCUCCCCACACUCACAACUGACCUCCUGUCUCUCUUGGCCCAUGUGGCUCGGGCCAGCCCAGAGCACUUGCCCGUUCUCCAGAGGAUCCUGAGGGGCUGGGGCAAGAGGAUCUUACAGGCAUGA